UGCGUCUUUCCAAUGAGAUAUAUAGGCGGACAUAAUUGAAAGUUGAGGUGCCAAGAUGGUGGGAUAUCUACCCAUUCUACAAUCAAACUAUAAAUCACAAUGCCAUCUCUCCCAAUAAAAUACACACUUGUGAGAAAAUCUAGUAAUUAUCAAUGACAUCUACUUCUUAUUUGUUGAUUCUAAACUACGUUUUAUCAUUUCUAUGCAUCUUGUUUACUUGUUAUCACAUCCUUCAGAUCAUUGUCUCAUGUUUCUCUUUCAAGAAUUCCCGACAAGGGACACUCACACUACCCCCCGGCCCUCCCAAAUGGCCCAUCUUCGGCAACCUUCUCCAAUUGGGCCCACUGCCUCAUCGGGAUUUUGCAGCCCUAUGUGAAAAAUACGGGCCACUAGUCUACAUCCGAUUGGGUGGGGUCGACGCCAUCACAACCAACGAUCCGGAUAUAAUACGCGAGAUUCUCAGACAACAAGAUGACGUAUUUGCCUCUAGACCACGAACCCUGGCGGCCGAGCGUCUGGCUUAUGGUUGUGGUGACGUGGCGUUGGCCCCACUAGGCCCGAAAUGGAAGCGGUUGAGAAGAAUCUGCAUGGAGCAUUUGCUGACGACGAAGAGGCUUGAGUCUUUCGUGAGCCAUAGGGCGGAUGAAGCCCAACACUUGGUCAAAGAUGUGUGGGCCAUGGCUCAGAAAGGGGAGGUAGUGAACUUGAGGGAAGUGUUGGGUGCAUUCUCAAUGAACAAUGUGACUAGGAUGUUGCUUGGGAAGCAAUACUUUGGGACCGAAUCGGCGGGCCCACAAGAAGCGAUGGAGUUCAUGCACAUAACGCAUGAACUGUUCUCGCUGUUGGGCUUGAUUUAUUUAGGGGAUUAUCUGCCCGUUUGGAGAUGGGUCGACCCGUUUGGGUGCGAGAAGAGAAUGAAGGAAGUGGAGAAACGGGUGGAUGAUUUUCAUUCGAAGAUUAUUGAACAACAUAAAAAAAGAAGGGAAAAUCAAGAAGUUGGUGGUGGUGAUGAUGAGGAGAUGGAUUUUGUUGAUGUUUUAUUGUCUUUGCCGGGUGAAGAUGGGAAAGAACACAUGGAUGAUGUAGAGAUCAAAGCACUUAUUCAGGAUAUGAUAGCUGCGGCCACGGACACGUCAGCAGUGACCAACGAGUGGGCCAUGGCGGAAGUAAUCAAACACCCACGUGUCCUAAAAAGAGUCCAACAAGAACUCGAUUCGGUCGUCGGGCCGAACCGGAUGGUCCAGGAACCGGAUCUGGUGCACCUCAAUUACCUGCGGUGCAUCGUGCGCGAAACAUUCCGGAUGCACCCAGCCGGACCUUUCCUCAUCCCUCACGAGUCGACCCGACCCACCACGAUCAACGGCUACCACAUCCCCAACAAGACACGUGUCUUCAUCAACACGCACGCAUUGGGCCGCAACACCAAGAUAUGGGACAGCGUGGAUGAGUUCGAGCCAGAGAGGCACCUCCCGGCUGACGGGAGCCGAGUCGAGAUAAGCCACGGAGCCGACUUCAAGAUACUGCCGUUCAGCGCCGGGAAGAGGAAGUGCCCCGGCGCGCCGCUUGGCGUGACGCUGGUGCUGAUGGCUUUGGCUCGGCUCUUCCACUCAUUUGAGUGGGGCCCACCUGAGGGUAUGGGCCAUGAGGAUAUUGAUACGAUGGAGGUUUAUGGGAUGACUAUGCCUAAAGCCCAACCUUUAAUUGCUAUUGCCAGGCCCAGAUUAGCGGCCCAUUUAUAUGUUUGACUAAAUUAUUUUUUUAAUUUCUUAUUUUCUUUUUAUAUAUAUAUAAUGACAACUAUGAAAUUAUUUUAGCAUUUAGAAGAUGAUAUAAAUCCGAGCUGCAAAGCGUUAGAAGAUCACAGAAAAAUUAAGGUUCAGUUUGUUGAAUGAAUCAAAAUUAU